CUGGCGGACAGGUGGUAGCUAGGCCCGCGCGACGCGGCACUCCGAGAGUCUCGCGCAGGGGGCGGUGGGCCCUCUUCCGGGUGCCCCAUGGCCCUGGCUGCGGUGGCGGCGCUACUGGCCGCACUGGGCGGGGCCCUGUGGCUGGCAACCCGGCGGUUCGUGGGCGCCAGCGUCCGGCGGCUGCACGGAGGCGGGGACGCCGGCCUCAUGCAAGGGAAGACGGUGCUGAUCACGGGCGCCAACAGCGGCCUGGGCCGCGCCACGGCUGCGGAGCUGCUGCGCCUGGGGGCGCGGGUGAUCAUGGGCUGCCGGGACCGCGCUAGGGCCGAGGAGGCGGCGGGUGAGCUCCGCCGCGACCUCUGCCCGGCCGGGGGCCCGGACGCCGGCGGGGUCGGCGAGCUCGUCGUCCGGGAGCUGGACCUCGCCUCGCUGCGCUCCGUGCGCGCCUUCUGUCAGGAGAUGCUCCAGGAAGAGCCUAGACUGGACGUCUUGAUCAACAACGCGGGGAUCUUCCAGUGCCCUUACACGAAGACCGAAGACGGGUUCGAGAUGCAGUUUGCAGUGAACCAUCUGGGUCACUUUCUGCUCACGAACCUUCUCCUUGGACUCCUUAAAAGUUCAGCUCCCAGCAGGAUUGUGGUGGUUUCUUCCAAACUGUAUAAAUACGGAGACAUCAACUUUGAAGACCUGAACAGUGAGCAAAGCUACAAUAAAAGCUUCUGUUACAGUCGGAGCAAGCUGGCUAACAUCCUCUUCACCAGGGAGCUGGCCCGCCGCUUGGAAGGCACGCAGGUCACCGUCAAUGCCCUGCACCCCGGCAUCGUGCGGACUAACCUCGGGAGGCACGUCCACAUUCCACUGCUGGUCAGACCGCUCUUCAACUUGGUGUCUUGGGCUUUCUUCAAAACUCCAGAAGAAGGGGCCCAGACCUCGAUUUAUUUAGCCUCCUCACCUGAGGUAGAAGGCGUGUCGGGAAAGUACUUUGGGGAUUGUAAAGAGGAGGAACUACUGCCUAAAGCCAUGGACGAGUCUGUUGCCCGAAAACUCUGGGAUGUCAGUGAAGUAAUGGUUGGCAUAUUAAAGUAGGAACGGAAAGUGCGAGCCACUGGAAAAAAAUGAAUGUCACUUAAGCUGUAAUCAGAAAUAGUGGGGCUUGACCAGUUGAUACUUGAAAAUGUAACUUUGGUUUUACAAUAGUACUGCUAAGGGGUACAUUAGGGAUAAUUGGAAGUUAUGAAAACAAAUUUCAGAAAAGAUGUAUGAAUAUAUGAUGAAUAAUGAACAAUAUAUUUUAAAAAUUAUAAUUGAACAAGCAUGGAUUACAAAUAUUAAAAGAACUCACUUAACAUAGAUACUGUGAGAAGUUUUUGAGUUUCAUGGCCAAAGUGUUAAAUAUUUUUGUUGCACUACUGGGUUUUGUGUGGAAAUAAAGUGCCUGGUAUAUGUGUAUAAUUCUUGGAAUAAAUUUAUUGAUGCAAAUUCUUAA